AGACGUAGUCUGUCGUUGUUAGUUGAAGCUCACUUGUCGUUCCUUUAAAUAUUCAAUACUUGUAAAUUCUUAUCAUAGUGCAUAUAUAAGGAUACAACGCGUGAUAACAUAUUGUGGCUUCAAUUAAAUGCUUGGUGGUUCUUUGAAUAUAUUUGUAGGUGUUCUACGCUUGUAAAUAUCUCUCGUAUCAAAGAGAAUUUCUAACCGGAGCCGAAGGAUGACUAAUCAGAGUCUAACAAGAUAAAAAGAAGAUUGUACGGGUCCUUUAAUAUACGCAUGGAAUCAAUAACAAGAAUGGGCUAUGGUCAAGAAAUAAUAAAAUCUCUGCUAUCGAGAAACCAUGAUUGCUUUGAAUUGCUAUGAAAAUAAUGGAGUAUCACGAUUGUAGGCAAAUAUACGAAUGGAUAAAUAUCAAGCUAAUCGAUUGUUGAGCACCAUGUCCAAUAUUCCGUUACUCGGCGAGCGUAUCAAUCUUGUGCGAGACAUUCUGCAGUGUCCGUCAUGUAUAUUCGCAACGUCAAGCAGGUCAGAAUUCACCGAGCAUCUAGUUAGCCAUUGCACGCCGAAGCAACGCAGCGAUUCGAAUGUUAAAGCCCCCUUAAAUGCAGACGGUUGUUCAUCUUUCGCAGUAAUGGAGCCCAAAGCAGAAGAGACUUGCCGCGCGAAUCUGCAAAGCAGGCGAGACAGAGGCUUCCGAGAGGCUAAAAGGUGCAAGCAAUGCAAUUUCGUAGCCGGCACGAAGAUGGAAUAUUGGGAGCAUAUGCGUUGCCACAUAAAAGGCUUUACAUGCUCCGAGUGCUCCUUCGUUACCAAGUACAAGCAUCAUAUGAACCAUCACUGGCUUAGCGUUCACGACGGCUCCAAGCCGUUCAAAUGCAAAAAGUGUUUGUAUACGUGCGUGAGCAAAUCAAUGCUGACUAGCCACCUGAAGAAGCACUCCAACAUCUAUCCGUACAGAUGCGCGGACUGUACAUACAAGAGCAAGUUCUGCAACACGCUAAAGAAGCAUCUGCGAAAGAAGGAGCAUCAGCCGGCGAUGGUAUUGAACGCUGACGGCUCGCCGAAUCCGCUGUCCAUCAUCGAUGUCUACGGUACGAAACGCGGGCGCAGGCCUGCUAAAGAGGAACGAAACAGCACUGUGACCAUCACCACGAACGAUCAGAUCGGCGACUCCUUGUCACUUGAUUCGCCGGUUGCUCGUUACUUAACUGUCGCCACGACCAACGAUUGGAUAAAUGAAAGUAGCACAAAUAAGAGCCAAUUCCCUUACAGCGAUUUGGUUGCUGCUUUCAAUCUGUCGAGUCACGUUUCGCUUGGCGAAGACGUGGCGGAAAAUAUGCGGAGAAUGGAGCAAUCCGGUACGUUGACGGAGAUGCUUGUCCGAAAUGCGUUGCAGGCAGAAUGUAACGAGGUGAGCAAACAUCACUUGUCCGAUAGCAAAACUACCGAGUUGGAGUACCAGAAGAGGAGAAUUACCGAGUCUACAACAGACGCACCGUUGGAUCUCCGCAUCGCUGAGGUGAUCCAAGAGAAUCAGCUUCAGUUUCGGGCAUUAGCGCGAAUUGGCGCGAAUUCGCCGAAAGUCACCGGCACUAGUAAACGUAAAGGUAAAGCGAUCAAGCUGGAACGUGAGCAAAACGAAGGUAUGUCCUUUGACUCGGACGGUUUCCGCCAGGUAAAUCCGAGGGUCGAGGACAUUAAGGUUGCCGAUUUAUUCGAUGCCGACCUCAUCUGCCACUACUGCGAAAUUAUAUUCGGCAAUGUAAUCAUGUAUGCCAUGCAUAUGGGUUGUCACAACUUUAAUGAUCCUUACACAUGUAACAUAUGCGGCCAGGAAUGCAUCGAUAAACUAUCCUUCUUUCUGCAUAUCGCUCGAUCGGAGCAUUAAAUAGAAAUAAAAAUGCCUAUACGAAAGCGCUUCGAUUGAAAAACGGGAAAAAUUAUUCUAGUCAAAAGUAUCGAAUGUAAAGAUGCUUCGACGAAGCGUUAUUGCUCACAGCACGCUCCAUCGGCUCCAUGUAUAAUUUAAAGAAAAGAAGAGCAAAAGGAAAGGAUGAUGCAAUGUUUAAAUGAAAACAUAAAUCUAUAUCGUAGGUACGCACAUGUAUGGAAAAACAAAGAAAUUUCGCAUUACUCAUGUUAAAUUAUAUUGAUAAAGUGGACCAAAGGUAUUAAAAUUAAUAUUGCAAAUGCAAGGUUAGUUGUUGCUGACGUGUACAUACAAAAGGAGAGAAUUUAUCUUGAAAAUUUAUGAGAGUUUUUUUAAAUUUUACUAUUUCAUUAUAGUAGAUAUUAAUGAGAAAAUAACUAACUUAUUUUCAGGAUAAUUUCUAAUUGUAAGAGAAUAUUCUUUCCGUGUAGAAUCAGCACUGACUCAAUCUUUAUCAAUGACUGAAUAGACGAAAAAUGACGAAGAACGCUGUGAUUUAGAUUAAAUUGCAUAUAAUUAUUUCUCUUUAUUUAGUAAUACAAAGUGGCGGUUUACACGAUCUAAUUAAAUAAUUAUCGGACACCACAAGUAUUUCUUCCCAAUGCAAACUAUAUUUGCAUUAAUUUUCUUCAACAAUAAUAAAUUAAUCGAUAUUAAAUGCAAAAAUUGUUUUUGCAA